AUGAUAUCAUCACCGCCACCACAUAACAACAAUGCUCAACUUCAUCAUCAUCGUCAUCAACAAUCAAUUCUACCACCAAUUUCUACAACACCACUAUUACCACCAUCGCAUCAUCAUCUUACACAUCAUCUCCCACCACCAUCACUUUCUCCUCGAUUAUCACCACCAACUCCGCAACAAUUUCAACAUCAUUAUUCGUCGUCGUCAUCAUCACCCGUUCUAUCUAGUCCACAUCAUCAUCUAAGUGGACAUCUUGGUGGAUAUUUACAACAACAAUCAUCACCACCACCUCCAAUUUUACCUCCAUCUGUUCAAGUACAAUUAAAAUGA